UACGCACUUUGUUCGUGGUUGGUCGUUGUUGCUGUCGCUCGUCGCAGCGCCGUUCGCAGCCCGGUUUCGUUCGUUCGUUCGUACGUUUACGUUUACGUUUGAGUUGUUCGAGUUGCUCGAUUCCCCCAUACGAUUUCGAUACCAGCUAACGAUUCUCUGAUUCUCUUUGGAUUCUCUGAUUUCGCGUUCGUCGCUCGCUCGUUGGCUCGAUUGCUUUGCCGUCGCGCAAAUUGCACAGAUUGUUGUUUUGUGGAUUGUUGUUUAGUGUCUUCUUGUCUUCUUGGAGUGUGUGCAUUUUGUGAAUGCCAAUUAAAUGCAGCACACAAAAAGCUUUCAAUAUACAACAAAUUGUUACAAGUGGUGUCAUCAACACACAACACAAUCAUCAUCCGCUUAAUCAUCAUUGUCAUUAUUAAAGGGUGACCCAAAUUCUGCGAGUGCAACAGUUUUCAUGUGCAAACAAAUAAAGUUCGAAAAGUGCCCGCUACAAAUACAACAAAAGGAUUUACGCGUCCAUCUCAACAAGUUCAGCUAACUAAAACAGCAAAAAAUAAGAAACUACAAAAUAAAGAUAAAGCUAAAACAAUCAAUACUCGAUAAACUGGUUUAAAGUGCAAAUUAAAACUCAAGUACACUCUCUCACACAAAUACACAUCAAAUUACAACAAGUAUUUAUACAAACUAACACACAUACACACAUCGAGGACACAGCUUUAGUUGUUGUCAUUAACAUUCACAUUUCCUGCGCGCGCGUUCCCAAGAAAAGCCGUCAAAAUUCUUGAUAAAGUGGCCUCAAUAGGCGCCAACACGCUCAAUUUCACGGACCUAGGGAGCCCCUACGAGGGGCCUCCCAGCACUCCCCAAUCGGGCAUGGAUGCGCCGGACGCACCACACACGCCCAAAUACAUGGACGGCGGCAGCACCGCCGCCGUCAGCGCCAGCAUCACGCCCGGCGUCAACAUACCCGGCAAAUCGGCCUUUGUGGAGCUGCAACAGCAUGCCGCCGCCGGAUAUGGCGGCAUACGCAGCACCUAUCAGCAUUUUGGUCCACAAGGCGGUCAGGAUUCGGGAUUCCCGAGUCCACGCAGCGCCUUAGGCUAUCCAUUCCCGCCCAUGCAUCAGAAUUCCUACUCUGGCUAUCAUUUAGGCAGCUAUGCGCCGCCCUGUGCGAGUCCCCCCAAGGAUGACUUUUCAAUCUCAGACAAAUGCGAGGACUCCGGCCUACGUGUCAAUGGCAAGGGCAAGAAAAUGCGCAAGCCACGCACCAUUUACAGUUCACUGCAGCUCCAGCAAUUGAAUCGCCGUUUCCAACGCACCCAAUAUCUGGCAUUGCCCGAACGUGCCGAGCUGGCAGCGAGUCUGGGCCUAACGCAAACGCAGGUGAAAAUCUGGUUCCAGAAUCGUCGUUCCAAGUACAAAAAGAUGAUGAAAGCAGCUCAGGGCCCGGGCACCAACAGCGGCAUGCCACUGGGCGGCGGUGGACCCAAUCCUGGUCAGCAUAGUCCUAAUCAAAUGCACAGCGGCGGUAAUAACGGCGGUGGCUCGAAUAGCGGUUCACCCUCACAUUAUCUACCUCCCGGACAUAGUCCAACGCCAUCAAGUACGCCUGUGUCUGAGUUAUCACCCGAAUUCCCACCCACGGGUCUUAGUCCGCCAACGCAAGCGCCAUGGGAUCAGAAACCGCAUUGGAUUGAUCAUAAGCCACCACCGCAAAUGACACCACAGCCACCUCAUCCAGCGGCGCCGCAUCCGCAAACGCAUCACCACAAUCCGCCACCACAAAUGGGCGGUUAUGUGCCGCAAUAUUGGUAUCAGCCCGAGACGAAUCCAUCAUUACUAACCGUGUGGCCGGCGGUUUAACAGCACCCUAAUACGCUGCCCCCGCCGUCCGCUGUGUGGGCACAGUCCAUGCAAUCCCAAUCCUAUGAGGCAAGGCCCUGUGCCGAACUGAAUCUGCACGAGAAUCAUCUGCAACACCAGCAACAACUACAACAACAUCAUCAUCAUCUCCACCACCACCACCACCAACAUCCUCACAACGGUGCGGUUUAUGUGGGCGAUGGUGAUGGGGCCGCAUCGGGGCAGUGAAUGCUACACAUACAAAUACACACA